GAGCGCACAUCUGCACUUCACAGCGAGGCGUGGUUGUUCAGGAACAGGUGGGCCAGUCAGAGCUUCAUCCGCAGGAUACCUACCGUGCAGAGGAACACUCACAGCCGCAGCAAGAUGCCAAAGUGCCCGAAUUGCCAGAAGGAAGUUUACUUCGCUGAGAGGGUGACGUCACUGGGGAAGGACUGGCACAGGCCCUGCCUCAAGUGUGCGAAGUGCAACAAGACGCUGUCAGCAGGCUCACAUGCAGAGCAUGAAGGCAAGCCAUACUGUCACAACCCCUGCUACGGUGCAAUGUUUGGACCUAAAGGAUUUGGACGUGGUGGAACCGAGAGCCACACAUAUAGUAAAUAGACAGAUUCUGGCUCAGCGGUAAAAAUGUUGCCUGGAAACUAGAUGGAAGAAGCCAGCAUGCUCAGCAGGCCCAGUAAAAACCAGCAAACAAACUGUGCUCUGAUUCAGAAGAAACAUUUUGUGUCGCAUGUGUUUUUACCUCUGUUUUCUGAAGAUGAUUGUGUGUUCCCAGGAAGAGACCAGAGGCCGUCCCUUGGUCUCUUCCUGUUAUUGAGGUGGAUAUUCUGACUAAACACGUUUAAAUUUGUGUCCUUUUUUAAUUUUCUCUGCAGAGUCUCUGUAUGAAACAACCUUGAUAUAAAGCAAUGUGUUUGCUGUUGAUGACAUUUUGCACUUCUGCAUUUCCAAAUAAACCAAAUGACAUAUGA